GAGUGGGGCCGCGCGGUGGGGCGGGCGCCGCUGUCCCGGGGACUCGGUGUGCGCGGCCGCGGGGCUCAGCGCUGUGGCGGCGCGGGGCCGCGCGGGCGGGGUGGCUUCCCGGCGUGCAUUGCGCAGGGCGGCGGGGCGGUGACUCUCCCAAGGUGACUGGAGCUGGGCUGGGGCGGCCGCGCCGUGCGCCGUGCCCUGUGCCCUUCCUUUCCUCCCGCCGCGCCGCUAAAACCUUAGCGUCAUCAUGAUUCUGCAUCAGAUUCUUCGGCUUUCUUCAAUUUUUCGCUCUGCUGUUUCCCCUCACUUGCGCAGGAACAUAGGGCUUUCUGCUGUUGUCUUUAAUAAGACAAAAGAGCUUGAUCCAGUUCAAAAGCUCUUCUUGGACAAGAUCAGAGAAUACAACACAAAGAGCAAGCAGGCUGGAGGGCCUGUUGAUGCUGGCCCUGAAUUUCAGAAAGACAUGGAUGAAUCCCUUGCUAGACUUCAACGGUCAUAUGGUGGAGGGGAUCUAACCAAGUUUCCAGAAUUUAAAUUUGAGGAGCCCAAAUUUGAGGAAACUCCAAACUGAUCUCUGCAGGCUGUACACCAAACAGCAGUGUACAUCAAUGGAGUUGCUGAGCCAGCAGCCAGUUGUAACUUAAUAAAUGCAGUGUUUCAGUUUGAUUUCA